AGACAUCUGAAAUAACUAUUGUGUCAAGUUCUUUUUUGUACUAAGUAUCUAUGUAAAGCACGUUUUGUGUCAAUUAUGAUGUCAAUGGUUUCAGCUGACCGGUUUAUUUCGGAUUUCCUCCAAACUUUUACAAGGACGCGAACAUUUUAAGAACUUAAAUGAAAUCUACAAAAACCGGUUUAUUCCACGAGUGACAUAAGAGACGGCUUGGUAGUGUGCCAAGUAAACAUACACACCGAACUUAGAAAGAAACCGGUUUAUAUAUGUAGUUCUAAACCGGAUAAUUUGACAAGGACUGUUCCCAUAAAAACUGGUUUAAAAAUAACGGUUAUUCGAGCAAAAUCGAAAUUUAAAGGUUUUGCGUUAUGUACUUGAUAACGGUUUGGAAAUGUAACCGGUUUCCUAGCUUUGCCAGCUAUAAAAUAAGUUUUGUUGCAUUUUCUCAUAGGCUGACUAUACUUAUAGAUUUUUUAAAGUGUCGAUUUUUAAAUGGUGCAGAAAUGAAGUAACGCAAAGAGAAAGAGUGAAAUAUAUGUAAAUGCAGUUUUGCUCAAAUAAUGAGAGAAAACUUUGUCAAGAAACAAAACUAGUUCCAAUAGCCGUGUUUUCUCUUCAGUAGGCCCAGCUGGCACCCCGAUUUCGCAAAACUAAUGGCUGCCCGAGAAUCGGCGGGUCUUAAAGAGCGGUUGUAAUAUUAUAAUGUCACACAGUUUAUUAUUACGAAUGUAAUAAGAAUAGAUAGUUAGCGAAUACUUAAGAAAAAACUGUUUACAACAAUAAAUGUACUGUUCCUAUUUUGACCUGUGCUAUAUUAUACCUGGAACAGAACAAUGAGUCGCCCAAAAUCCCAAACGACCCAAACUCAGCUGGUAGGUAGUAUAAAGUUGGAUAGGAAGGGAUAACUGAUACUGUGAAUAGCGGGAAGUUUAUUUAUUAUUUUAUUAGGGUUAGAGACAACUCCAAGACAACAUGUUCAGAAUUGUCAGUCGAGCAAACCGCGUGGAGUUUAACUUGUGGUGUUUUCCACGUAUAAUAUGUGUACGUGUGUUGAACCUCUUAUCACAUAUUUUCUGUGUUAUGGCAACACCUAAAUUUUGCAGUCGUGAAGUUCGUAACAUGUGAUGUUUCGUGAAAAGUGUUAAUUUUUUACGAAAAACAAUUAGUUAUAGUGCCAAAUCGUGUUUGAAAGUGUAAAGGAUAUAUCAGUGUGAGUGUUUUUGGUGGUGUAAUUUGUGAUAGAGGCCUACAAGUCCUCAAGUGCAAAUUACAUGGAUAAAGCCGUCACCUGAGUCCGUAAGCGAUGGAGUCACAUGUUCUGAACACAUACCACCAGGCUCGCUACCGCACCAUCGGGCACAAGAGGAUGGGUUCCACCAGUGACCUCUCCUCGGAGAGCAGCUGCAACCAGAACAGCCCAGAGUACUCGCAGGCACAGCAGGAGUAUAGGAGGAAUUAUGAGGGCAAUGAGGAGUACUGGAGUCAAGUCGCAAACACAACUCAAACAAGUCAAGACUCUAGUUCAGACGAAGAAGAAAACGUAGAGGUCGUCGAACUUGAUAACCACUACGACGAAAAUGCCGAAGACACUCUAGUUGAAGGCGACGACUAUGACGUCAUCCAAGUAUACGCCGUCCAUCCAGACUUAGACCUCGAAGUGUCCUCCGACGAAGAACAACAAGAUUACUGUGUAGCUGAAGAAGAUAAUUCAGAAGAAGAAUACGCACAAGAUCCCCAAUAUACAGAAGAAACACAAUACGAAUACCAAGAGAAUAGAACAGAUAUAUGCCAAGAUGGUUUAGAUAUUAAUCUAGAUGGUCCAGUAGUUUCAAAUGUCGAUGAGUAUUUUAUCAAAGAAAAACCUAAACCUAUCUUGGAUACAAAAGAUGAACCUGUAGUUAAAGAUGUUGAUGAAUAUUUUAUUAAAGAUACUAAACCAGUAGCUCAAGUCCCAGAUGUUGACGAGUUCUUUAUUAAGGAAAAAGAGCCUGAGGAUACUAAAACGCAAUCUGAUAGUGUUCAAAGUGUGCCUCAGGUUGAACCUAUUGACAAUGCUAAAGAACCAGAACAUAACGAAUCAGAGCCUAUUGCAGAGGUUUCGAUAAAUGAGUCUGAUUUAGACGUCCUUCCAAACAUAGAGGAAAUCAAAAGAUACCUUCUUGAAGAUAUUCCUUAUAAAUUCAAAACUACACAAAGAUCAUGUUCCGUACCUCAUUCUCCGAUGCAUCAUCUAGCUUGCAUGGACAUCGAUGAUGCAAAAACCUGCCUAAGCUUCGAAGAUCUGAACCUAGACUUAUCUGAUUUAGCAUUCGAUAACGACAAGUACAAAUCAGACAGUGGUAAUAAAAUCGACGACAUUCCACGAACUUUAACGGACGAGGAUGUAAAUAGCUUUUUGAUUACCAACAAAACUGAAAAGAAAUCUGAGAAAAACGACGACGAUUUUAGCUCUCAAGAUAUGGAGAUAGAUAACCCUGUAGACGCAACUAUACACGUCGAGACUCCGCGAACAUCGACUCCCAUCAAAAAGCCGAACGUCUUAGACUUUUGCAUAGAAAAACCAGCAAUCACACCAGUCAAAUUUGAACCCAUUGAUGGCAAAACGGAAAUUGAUGAUUUCGUCGACGUAGAAUCCUGCAACGACGCGGCCAUACCCGUGCUCGCGGCGAACAACGUGAAUUCCCUUUUAGAACAGUUUGAAGCUAACGAAAAGUUCGCGACCAAACCGAAAAGGCCAAAGGACGACCCUAAACCCAAACCCAACGGCCUGACGAAUGGUAUGCGUUUGCAGGACGCGGGCGUCCAGCUCAACAAGAACAAGAUGCGGCAAAUACUGAUGCCGCCGAAAGCGGCGCUGCGGCGCUCGUUGAGCCCGCCCGCGGCUCCCGCACCCCCCGCACUGCCGGCGCAGCGCUCCGACCACGACUAUUGCAGCAAAAAACGCCACAGCCUGCCCACUCUCAAGGGCGGACAGAGCCUCCUCAAACCUGAGGUCCUCUCCAGCAACAGCCGAAUCCUCAACUCUAGGCACCGAUCCUGCAAAAACAAGAAAAUCGUCUACCAUCUCAGCAGCGAUGACGAAAGCGACAAGUCCGCCAAAAAUAAAAAAAGGGAUGAUGACGACGAUGUGAAAGCUAAAAAGUCCACCUUAAAACAACCUAUAAAACAGCCGACACCAUCAAAUUGUCGGAAAAAACUCUCACCCCCGCAUAGUGCUAACGAUACUUGUAAAGAUAAAAUUAACAGUUCUGUGAUGGUUAAAAAUGCUUCUAAAGCAAGUGAUACUCUCAGUAGUCAAACGAACAUUAGCAUUAAGUUAACUAUUAAAAAUAAAUCAGAGGUUAUACUUAAUAACUGUGAUGAUAAAGGCUAUCGGAAUGUUAAAGAUAUUGAAAAGUGUACGUCUAGUGUUAGUAGUAGUGCUGAAACUGUUAAAAUACAGGAAUUAGAUAGCGAGAAAUAUAAAUGUGUAAAUAUUAGUGACAAUAAUUGUGCGAGUGUAGAAGUUAAUACCGAAGCCCGUCCGAAAGAGGAGAACUUUUACACGGCGUUGUUUAGCAAUAAGCAAGAUGUACAGAUACCGCAAACGAUGGACCUAAAAACCGAAAAGAGACCAAUAGAUGAGGAACUUAAAGUUAUAGUAGAUAUAUCGAACAGAAACGAAACGGAGCAGCCUCAAAAGAAAAAGAAAUUAAAUCUCCAAGAAUACAAGAUGCGAAGAUCGGUUACCUCAAAUAAUAGCUCUGCAGCCGUAAGUCCUGAAGCAAUAUUUCCUGAUUUACCCAGCCCGUGUCCUUUGGAAAAAGUUGUCAUUAAUAAUGUAAAUGUGACGCCUCCCAAUGGUGCAGUAAACCUAGCUGAACAGAAGAACCCUGAAGCUCCAAAGAAAAUCUUCGAUCCGAUCAGAGAGGCAUCUAGGAAAAUACUCAUGAACACCAAGAAACAAAAAGCCGAGGCUAUGAGAAAGAGGGAUGAAGAUAUCGUGAUGAGCAAGAUACCAAAAGUAGAGAAUUUGGAACUGCAACCUCUAAUAAGUGACGCUGAAAUGCUCAAAAUAGUUGGAGGAAUGGCACCAGAGGAAGUGCCAGUUAUAAAGAAUGAAAAACCAAAAGCUACUGAUUAUGAGGAGAUAGUACUAGUUAGCGUCGGUACAAAUACUGAUGAAAACAUAUUUAGACAAAUGGAAAAGACUAAACAUAAAGAAGUCAGGAAAUCUCAGUCACCUCCAUUAGACGCUAAAGCACUAAUCAAUUUUAAGAUCAAAAAGUCCGAGGCCGUUCUCAAGCAAAAUGUCUUUGACUCAAAAGUGCAAAAAAACAACGCACGAAACGAAAAACGUAGUCCCGAUAAAAGUGACAAGAGAAAUGCAGACGUCAAAAUAGAUAAAGAACGAUACAAGGACAUAACGGCUGCUUUAAAGAGUGUAGAAAAGCAAGUAGAUACUAAAAUAUCAAGUAAUUCUCUAUUUGCUUCUAUUCAAGAUGUUGUACUGAAAAAAGCGCCGGAAGAAACAGCUGAGAAAUCAAACCAACAGCCUAAACCUGUUAAAACUUAUAAGACUACUAUAGUACGGGAAUAUGAUACUAAAGCGGAUCAUGGAGAAGACAAAAUUAUCCUACAUUUAGGAAAGCAUAGGAGAAAACCUGAAUCUGCUAGUGUUGUAGUUCAAACUGAGACAGAACAACCAGCUGUUGUGGUACAACCGAAAAAAACAGUUACUAAAGAGAAGAGUCCUGUGCAAAGGAAGAGGAAUGACAGUGACAUGUCGAUGUCAAGCGAUGUUAGCCCUUCACGCGACAAAACAGGGAGAGUAGAUGUUAACAAAUCAAAAGAGACAGCUAAGCGUUCCCGGUCAACCGAACGACUCCGACUUUUAACCGAAAAGCGAUCUCGCUCAGUCGAUAAGCGACCACACUCAAGCGAGAAACGCUCGCGCUCUAGAGAGAAGCGAUCUAGAUCUCGUUCUCGCGAUCGCUACGAUAGAUACAGACGACGAUCAAGAUCUCACAGUCGCAGAAGACGAAGAUCCCGCAGUAGAAGCGUUAGAAAUAGACGUUCACGCUCUAUCGAUCGCUAUAGACGACGAAGGCGCGAAUCUCCUUACAAGAGAAAACGAACCAGAUCCCCGUACCGUAGACGCUCACCGUCCCCGCGUAGAGACUACCGCCGUUCGCGUUCUAGAUCCAGAUCCAGGCACGACUCUGCGAGAUCUAAAAGCCCUAGGAAAACCCCCCCGCGUUGCGUUGAGAAGAAGUGCGACAAAUCUUACACUCCUCCUUUAAGAAAACCAACCAUUUCUGAAAGUUCUGAUUCGUCCUCUAGUUCGUCGUCUUCGUCCAGUUCGUCAUCAUCAUCAUCGUCGUCCAACCGGUCGAACUCCGUCCGUUCGGGGCGCUCGUGCAGCCCAAGACAAGAGCCUUACAGACGGAAGUACAGAAGCUACAGCCCUGAUGACAGAGAAAGCAACAAGCCGGUGGAAGAGAGGCGCAUAGUGUUCGUCGGCAAGCUGGAAAAGGACAGCACUAAAGCGACGUUGCGAGCUCAGUUCUCCAAGUUCGGCCAUAUUAUAGAAGUGCGGCUGCAUAAUAAGGAGGAUGGGACACGUUACGGCUUCGUAACGUACUCGCGCGGUCGCGACGCGUGGAGCGCGGUGGAGGCGGCCGGCCAGUUCCCGCAGUACGACGUCGGCUUCGGCGGCCGCCGCGCCUUCUGCAGGCAGUCCUACGCCGACCUAGACGGCCUAGAAGCGGAUUACGUCGAGAGCGCCUUCCACGGCGCCCCGACCGCGCACUCGCGCCGCGACGACAUGUCCUUCGAGCAGAUGCUGCUCGACGUCAAGCAGAAGCUCAGCCAGCGCAAGAAGGACGACGACGAGCCUUGACACUGCCACGGGUAGCCAGGGGACGGGUAACACUAUACCAGCCAAGUUAGUCGCGACACAUCAAUACGUCUACUUAUCUCUCGGUUGUAUCGCGACAUGUUCUGACAAAUGCUACUGGAUGUUAACCAGAACCUCCGUCAGCGUAAGAAGGACGACUAGUAUUGACACUGCCACGGGUAGCCAGGGAACGGGUAACACUCAAUACCAGCCAAUUUAGUCGCGACUUAUCAAUAUGUUAAUAGGUCUACUUAUCUCCCGGUUGUAUCGCGACAUAUCCUUCUAGCAGAUGCUACUGUAUGCUAAACAAAAGCUCUGUCAGCGUAAGAAGGACGACAAACCUUGACACUGCCACGGGUAGCCAGGGGACGGGUAACACUAUACCAGCCAAGUUAGUCGCGACACAUCAAUACGUCUACUUAUCUCUCGGUUGUAUCGCGACAUGUUCUGACAAAUGCUACUGGAUGUUAACCAGAACCUCCGUCAGCGUAAGAAGGACGACUAGUAUUGACACUGCCACGGGUAGCCAGGGAACGGGUAACACUCAAUACCAGCCAAUUUAGUCGCGACUUAUCAAUAUGUUAAUAGGUCUACUUAUCUCCCGGUUGUAUCGCGACAUAUCCUUCUAGCAGAUGCUACUGUAUGCUAAACAAAAGCUCUGUCAGCGUAAGAAGGACGACAAACCUUGACACUGCCACGGGUAGCCAGGGGACGGGUAACACUAUACCAGCCAAGUUAGUCGCGACAGAUCAAUACGUCUACUUAUUUCUCGGUUGUAUCGCGACAUGUUCUGGCAAAUGCUACUGGAUGUUAACCAGAAGCUCCGUCAGCGUAAGAAGGACGACUAGUAUUGACACUGCCACGGGUAGCCAGGGAACGGGUAACACUCAAUACCAGCCAAUUUAGUCGCGACUUAUCAAUACGUCUACUUAUCUCUCGGUUGUAUCGCGACAUGUUCUGGCAAAUGCUACUGGAUGUUAACCAGAAGCUCCGUCAGCGUAAGAAGGACGACAAGCCUUGACACUGCCACGGGUAGCCAGGGGACGGGUAACACUCAAUACCAGCCAAUUUAGUCGCGACUUAUCAAUAUGUUAAUAGGUCUACUUAUCUCCCGGUUGUAUCGCGACAUAUCCUUCUAGCAGAUGCUACUGGAUGCUAAACAAAUGCUCUGUCAGCGGAAGAAGGACCGCAAGUUUUGACACUGCCACAGGUAGCCAGGGAACGGGUAACACUCAAUACCAGCCAAGUUAGUCGCGACACAUCAAUAGGUCUACUUAUAUCCCGGUCGUAUCGCGACAUGUCCUAGCAGAUGCUACUGGAUGUCAAACAGAAGGUCAGUCAGCGUAAAAAGGACGUCAAGUCUUCACACUGCUACGGGUAGCCAGGGAACGGGUUAACAUUCAGUACCAGCCAAUUUAACCGCGAAACAUCAAUGUGUCAAAGCUAUAUGUCUACUUAGGUGGUGGUAUCGCGAUAUAUCCUUCGAGCUACUGGAACUGGAUGUUAAACAUAAGUUAAGUUGGUGCAAGAAUGGCGACAAGUCUUGACACUGCCACCGGUAGCCAGGGUAACGUUUAUCAGCUAUGCUAUAGUCUCGCGAGAAAUCGAUAAAAGUUGUGUUUGUCUCUAACCCAAGAAACCUAUAUUAUCUUUUCAUUGUAUUUUUGUGCUUGUGAUAAUAGGCAGGAAAGUCCGAUAAUGCGAUUUUAACCUUUUGAACGUCACGCCUAUCGUACGCGGCGCGCAAUCGUGAACGUUGUCGGUACGCAUGAAGGUUGAUAUUGGGCUGUAGCCGCGCGCGUCUUAUGACGUCUUUGGCGGUCAAAAGGUUAAAUUACAAAUAACUGAGAUAUGUCAAUUGUCGCAUGCACAAAGCUAAAAUAGAAAAAAUAAUAAAUAACAUCAAUCAUAAUCAUAACAUAUGAAAAUAGUCUCCUCUAUUUACUUUAGUGUCAGUAAAAACUUGAGUGUUUUGAAUCUAAAUUUAAAGAAUUUGACUCGGUUUAACGAGACUCGGCGCUUAAAAAACUUUCGAGUCUUAAGUCUCCAGACUUUUUUUAAGCACAACUCAAAAGGAGUCGAGCCUUCGAAUAACGUACUUAUUACUUAUCUCUGACUUCUCAUUAAGUGUCAGUCGUUCCUUGGCUAAAAACGUAAAAAAAAGUGUAUCUGUGUGAGUGCAAUGGCGUCCGCUGUCAAACUGACAGCUAGGUUUUGUGUUCCAAUCGUGCAAUUGAAAAAGACAUUUAAGUGUAUCGUGUUAGAGAUCAUUUUUGCUCACGCCGUACCUACUUAUAUUUCACAGUAGUUUUCACUUUAGUUUUAAACGUGUAAAUAGUAGAUUAUAGUUUAGUUUUUUUUUGUAUAUACGUCUUAAUCCUGCUACCUCUUUCAGUUAGUUUUCAGUUUUUUUGUUUGCUUAUUAAAUAUGAAAUAAGUACGAAUUUAUUGUUUGAAAAAAAAAAAAAACUAUGAAGGAUAUCGUUGGAAAAAUAAGAAAAUAAAAAAAUAUGCUUACUAAUUCGUGUUAAUUAAGACCACAAGGUAGCACAAAAGUGUUUUGAAAAUAUAUAUUAAUGUUAUUGUUUCAUACAAAUUGUAUGUAAGAUGGUGGUACGAUUAAUAUUGUCGUAUGAGGCUUUGUUCUCCACUGAAAAAAUAUAAAAAAAGGUAUGUUAGUUUAUCAUGAACAAUAUAUUAGAAACAGAAUAAUCUACGUUGAUAUAAGAUCAAUAGAAGAACCCAUUAGGUUGUGUACACUUAUAUAAUAUAUUAUUUGCUGGUCAUAUGUAUAUAGUUUUGACAAUUUUAUCUCUUAAUUUAGAUAAUCUCAAUUAUUUGUAAAAAUCUGUCAAUCAUCGGGAUCGAACCUUGGACCUAAGUCUAAGUCAACAUGUUACACUAAUGUAAAAUUAUUACAAUUAUUUUAAAACGUAUUUAGGUCGAAUAAAUGCCCGAUAUGUUUCAAUCCGUUAUUGAGGAUCCUCGACUGGAGCACCGACUGCGCCGUCUCUACUGCUUGAGCGCGCUAGGAGCCCGUUUAAAUAAUUUUAAUAUGUUUAAGUUUUAUAGUGUAAACAAUUUGUGAUAUUCCAUGAUAAAAGGUACCUUAUAAGGCGCCGACCGCCCUAAGGUACCUUUACCCGUGGAACGCCACAUUUGUUUAUUGACAGAUUUUUACAGUUCAAUAAUACAGUCAUUAUAGUAAGUUACCUUGUCAUACCAUUUCAUUUUAGGUAUUCACUUUAAUUACCCGGGUGCGACUGCAAAAGAGGGUAUUGUUUGUAUUAACGUUGGUAACAUUUUUCUUUAUAAAACAGAUGUUUAUUUAUAGUCAAAAUGUUUUUAGAUUUACCUUGAUUUUUGAAUGGCGUAUGUAUAGACAUAAAGGACAAAUAUUUGUGUUUUAACAUAAGAUUUCAAUGAUAAUACAAAAUAUUUGGUCAGUGCGACUGUGGCGCCGCCCUAGUGGGUGCGGGAAAUAUUGUUUACGGUACAUGUGAUGCUACUUUACGAUAAUAGUGCGAUAAUAAGCACACUACGUAACUAUGUCGAAUUUAAAGGACAAUAUGUACUGUAAAACGUACGAUACAUGUGCGAAUAGGUAAUCGCACAUCGUGUCGAUUUAAAACUCUUCGGUCACUCAUUGCGAAUUUCCUAUUUUUCGCACUUGUAUCGUAAUGUAAUUAUUUAACAGUUGACAGCUGCCAAAUAUGUGACAGUUCAAAUCAAAAGGGAAUGGCGCCAAUAAUGGCGUAAACGCCGACGGCCAUAAGGUCCCUUUUGAUUUGGACUGCCAAAUAUUAUUUGUCCUUUACGUUUUAAGGUAUUCAUACGCUAAAAAACUGUUUCUUCGCCAUAAGCUUCCAUUGAGAUUUUUAGUGCCAAACUAAAGCGUUCCUAAUAUUCCUAAACCUAGGUACAAUUACAUUUAUAUCCUGAUACAAUUACUAAAUAAAUGCACUGAGAAUUUUGACAGUUUAAUUUUAACUAACAUUUUAAGGUUUGACUAAAAUGGAGGAUUUACGUUGUAUGGGUUGCCAUGGCAACACAUUGAUCAUAGUAGACGGUAUUAGACUAACAUUAUUAGUCCGCGAACUGUCAAGUCGUAUGGGUUACCAUGACAACACACUAAUGAUAUUUGAUUUAAUUUCGGACCAUAAUUGGGAGCGUUUGACUAUAGGGGCCGUGCGCGUUGGAGGGUCCGCCAUCUUCUGGCCAGAAUCGGAAACAUAAACUGUACAUUGACACUUCAUGCCAGAGCAAAUGCUGCCCUCUACAGUUUACGUACGGUUCAUUGUGCAUUGUAGGUUCUGCCAUCUUGUGGGCUACAUUGGAAGCUUUACACAUUUACACUCCGCGUCAAUAAACAGGGCGCUCCUGUGCUGCCCCCUACAGUUCCCUAUAUUCGGGUAAUUUUACGGUACGUCUUUCCUAAGGCUAGUAAAAAAUAUGUUUUAGUAGAAUUAUUAUUUGUUUCAUAUACAUCCUCCGUUUUAGUCAAUGCCAAUAACAUAGACUAUCCGCAAUUCCUAAAACUGGAACAAAUCUAGACGCACUGAACAAUAAGAAUGACCUAAGUAGUUUUUCAGAGCUUUUUAAGCUUAAUGCUUAGACUAAGGCUGUAUUAUACAUUGAAUUUAACAACUAUGUGGUAAGUUAAAUGACUUUUAAUGUAAGUGCACAAUUAAUAUAUUAAAAAUCCAUUUUUUUGUUCGGUUUAUAAAAUCCGAACAGAUAUUGAUCUUUGCUUAGUUUGGGGCUGGGUCGAUCUGUGUGAGAUUGUCUUCAAAUAUUUAUUAUUAUUUAUUUAUAUUAAACAAGUUACUGUCAAAAAUUGUGAUGCAUACUUUUAUUUCUGAAUGUUUUCUUCUCAAUUUCAUGUUUAAUCUUUGCUUAGUUUGGGGCUGGGUCGAUAUGUGUGAGAUUGUCUUCAAAUAUUUAUUUAUAUUAAACAAGUUACUGUAAAAAAUUGUGAUGCAUACUUUUAUUUCUGAAUGUUUUCUUUUCAAUUGCAUGUUUAACCAAAAAAAACUAGAGACCUAGAGCUAAGUUGGGAGCGAUUUUGAUAGUCCAGUCAAGUGUUAAGUAAACGUCAUAAUUUCAUGGAAGUUUGACGUUUAAAAUAACACUUGCACAGUCUGGGCUGUCAAAAUUGCUGCCAAGUUAUCUUAGUCUGACUAUAUGUAGCUGAGGUGAAUUAUAAAUCAAUUGCUUAAAAAUAUUAUCUAUGAAUUAAAAAUAUAUAUAUCCAGAGAGGGAAUGGGGACCUUAUUUGUACGGAGGACCACCAGCGGUCGCCCUCUUUCCUAUUAAAAUUCAAUGUCAUUUUGUUUCUGUCGUACAUAUCUGUUCGGAUUUUCCAUUCAAUAUUGAAGGCCUAGUCAUCGGCGGCAAGUUUUGUUGUGAUCGUAUUUAUUUAUGUACAUUGUCUAUAGCUCGUGUCAUUGACGAAGACGCGUGCCUUGACUCAUAUUGUUAUGUCGCUGCGCGUCAUCGUAGAUGACACGAACAAUAUAAGUUAGACCUUCCAUUAUGGCUGUAUUAAGGCUGGCUUUCAACUGAGGCGGAGAUGACCGGCGACAGACUAAUAAUACUAAUCCGCUAAUUUCCUUGACAUGCGCUUAACCAAGGGCCCAUUUCACGAACGGUAUUAGACUAAUUUUAUUAGUGUGCCAUGGUUAACUACUACGAUUUAACAGUUCAAGGACGAAUAAUAUUAGUCUAACACCGUUCGAGAAAUGGGCCCCAAAACGCUGAUAUUUUCGUAGUCGACGUCUAGCGUUAAAUAGAGGAUUUAUCAGUAACGCAACUUGACAGAUGUCACGACAAACGAAAAGUGUAUAUUUGUCUAAUGCGGAGAGUCAUUUGCGCCUCAGUGGAAAAACAGCAUAAGCAAUUUAUACAUGACAGUUAAUUUCUUAGAAUCCAGAAUUUUAAUAAUUAUACAGAGUGUUUUGACUAGCCUACGAGACUUAGAAUUUUGAAUCAACCACACCCAGCUUGUCAGUAGAAGAAGGCGCGAAAUUCAAAUUAUCUAUGGAGAAUUAACCGUUCGCGCCUACAUUUUUAAAUUUGCCGCCUUUUUCUAUUGACAAAGUGGAUAAGUUCCAUUUCUUAUGUUCAAAAAAUUUACGUAUUUUUAGUGGCACAUUUCUGUCGUCAAAUAUAAAAUAUCAAUGUAAACCUUAUUCAAAUUACUCAAAACGUGAAUAUUAUCAAUAAUUCUGUGUCUAAAUUGAAAAUACUUAUGAUAUUGGCAGCUUAUUUAUAUUAUUAUAUAUUAUUACAUACUACCUAUACUUCGUUUUUUAGGAUUAGAAAGUAAGUAAGCGAUAUUGACGUAUCUUUUUAUUGAAAAACAAGUCUCAGCAAACAAUUAUAAAUCAUGUACGAUCAUUUACAUUCUUUUGGUAUCACAAUAGUUACUAUUUUUUUCAAAGCGUUUUUCAAUAAAAAGACGUCUAGAUUGUUUGUUUUUUCUUAUGGCCAGUACAGACGGGAACAAUUUUUUGCCAAUCUGAUUAAAUUGUCUGAUCAAAUCGUGCGACAAUUGGCCACUUUCACAAAUUUUAGAUUUAUGGUGUUAUUUGAGCGCUAUAAAUUUAAAACAUGGCCCCCAACGCGAAUACUAACAUCACAAAUUGGUAUAAUGUUUGAUUCCGCACCUCUAUUUUAUCGGUCUUAAUCGGCGGUCGAAUUCGGCGAGCCAAAUUGGCGUUUGCGUCCGCACCACCUGAUUUGAUCUGACAAUUUAAUCAGAUUUGCAAAAAAUGUACCUGUGUGCUUGAAAAAAAAAACGAAGUAUAAUAUACUUACAUACUAACGAUAGUCACACUCUGUCUACAAUAAGAUUUGUUUACAAAUAAAGACUGUUAGUGCUGCCAAAAGUUGUCAUGGUGUAGCCCAAAGAUGGCGUAUUAGCGUUUUUCACCUUCGACGCCCGACAAAAAGUAUUCAUCUCUUUCUAUUUUUAAUGGCGGGAGAGGGAUGAAUGAACAGUAAACGAAAACGUGGCGUUCUACUGAGGGCCUACCGCGAACCACAUUCUACGUGUUGCCUCCCUAUCACACUUACACACGAAUUUACAAGUGCGACAGAGAGGCAACACGUCGAACGUGGUUCGCGGUAGCCCUCCUGAUCUUCUACGAAUACGGUAAAUUUCAUCCUCCUAAGGAAUCCCUUCUUUAGCUUGGCACGAGGAAUUUCGUACAUUGGCUCGCUUCUUUCUAUCUGUAUCGCUCGCGCGUAAUGAUAUUGCUGUCCCGCCCAUGAUGCCGGCUGUCAAUAUAACCAAGCGCACGCGAUAGAGACAGAAACAGGCGGUGCAAUGUACAAAAUUCUUCCUGCUCAGCGUCUGUUCUUUUUACAAAAAAACUUGAGUUUCUUUUGUUUUUAGAUUUAAAAAAAAAAACAAACAUACAACUAUGUUCCUUUUGCUGGGACCAUGGGCCUCAAGCGCCAAUUACAUCCACACUAUCAGGCCUGAUAUCAGAUCCAAUUUCGGGCCCGAGCAAGAGUAGUUUUCCGUUUCACGGAAUAUCAGCACAUCGUUUACAAUAUUUGAAAUGUAAAAAAAUGGUUCAUAUGCAAAAAUAUCAAACGUUGAACAUUUUUGGCAAUUAGAGACAAAGUACAUUUUUACAUUUCUAAUAUUGUUAACGAUGUGCUGAUAUUCCGUGAAACGGAAAACGAUUAUCUGGCCCGAUAUCGGGAAGUGUGGAUUUAACGCUUUAUAACGUUAUUGCACAAUACUGGCUUUAUAUUCAACUUUUACAUCAUUUGGAAGAAAGUGAUGGAUAGCUUACAAAGGCAUCUUAAACUAUGAAAAUAGCAACACUACUACUUAUUUUGUUUGUAUGUAGUAUUGUGUUCGUGAUGGUAAACUCCCAAGGAUACCUUGUUUGCCACAACAAUGAAUAAAGGAAAACGCUAUUACGUUAGCAGGAUUCAACGAGUUUUAUUAUUAGCAUUUAGUUUCUUAGUGAAAUUUUAGUUUUAGAACAUGUUAACAUUAUAAAAAGUUUUCUCUAAUCUAAAAAAAUGACUUAUUCGUUAUUAAGUUCUAAAUUUAUGUGCAUACAUUCUCACUAUGCCAUUUGAAAUUGUAUCUUAUUUCCUAGGUGUGUAAGUGUAAAAUAAUUACCUGUCGAUAUAUAUUUUUGUCGUUAAAAUUCGAAUACUGGAUGGAUCAAAAGAACGCUUGUUAGUUCUAUUAUGGAAUUGGAUAGUGUUUGUAAGACUCAAGUGAUGUUUUAUGGAAACCUAUUGAUUAUUACAUUUUUUGCAAGAUUAUGUGUAUCUAAAUAUCUCUUAGGGCUUAACACUAGAGUCGGCGUCUAGUCAGCGCUAUGGAAAAUGGCGUCGCUGCGCAGCUGCGCCAACGUUGCGUUGAGCAGCAGCCAUAGGGUUGACUAGACGCCGGCGCUCGGAAUACGCUAGUGUGGGGUGGCUCUUAAGGGGCGUUCCAGAAUGUCGUUUUUUUAACAAUUAUGGCCUGGAUGCAAGUCCUUUAAGCCAAGAAUGUCGCUUACAUAAUGCCGUUUUUCUGAUACUUUUGAAAAUGCAGUAUUUUACAAGCUUUUAUUUACUUUCACCUGACCGUUGUCUGUUUGUAAUCAAAUCAUGCAAGUUAAAUUAGAUCCACUUCCCGGUUUCCGAUUGAGCUGAAAAUUUGCGUACAUAUGUAAGUCGGGUGACAAUGCAAUAUUAUGGUACCAUCGAGCUGAUCUGAUGAUGGAGACAAGAGGUGGACAUAGUAACUCUGUGAUAAAACAACGCAACCUAAUUAUGUUUGGGGGUUUUUAGAAUUUGCUCGAUGAGUAUUAGUUGCCUGUGGAAAGAAAAGUACAGUCAGCGAUAAAAGCUUGUACCAAAAAUGAAAUUUUUGCCAAAAACUAACCUAACCUAAACGUAAUAAUAGUAAUAAUUCAAUUAUUUUGUCUGGUUAAUUUCAUGAGUUUAACAGAUUCGCAGUACUUAUAUUUUCGAACUUUACGUAUUUGAGUGAGCUCGCUGCCAUACAAGACGAAAGCAUUUAGUAAGCGAUAUUCUUGUGAAAUGACUUUAAUAGGAAAUAAGCGUCAUUAAUAUUAUGCCCUCAUUCCAUAGGAGUGUUUAUUAGGUGCUCCCAGGAAAACCCGGAAGGCUUGAUAACUGACUAGAUUUCUAAGACAAUGUAUUCUUUUUUAUCAAACAAAAUCUGAAAAUUAAGUGGACACUAUUUCAUUUUCACUAUCUUGUGACGAAGAAGUUGGCGUGUGAAUCAAAUUUUGUUAUUUCAGAAAUUUUGCUGUUAAAAAUAUACGAAAACUUUGGAUUUGGGCCCUAGGAAGCGGGAAAAGUAAAAGUGGGGGAAGAGGGGAGUAACAUAAAUAUAUCGGAAAGUCUUUUUGUUAAAGUUAGACUAAGCUAAGUUGGCAGCGACUUUGAUAUCCCAAAAGAUGCAAGUGUUAUUUUAAACGUCAAACUUCUAUGAGAUUAUGACGACAAAUAACACUUGCACCGUCUGGGCUAUCAAAAACGCUGCCAACUAAGCUUAGCCUAACUCUAUCGCUCGAAUAUGCAAGAGUCAUACUCUUGUUCAAACUGAAUAUGAUAUCAUACCAUUAUGAUGUAUUCCUUCUGGGUUGUCUAGAUGAAUUGUCAGCACCAGGGUGUCUACCGCGAAGACCGAAAUUUGCAAAUUGCGGGGAUCUUUCUCUUUUACUCUCACUAAGACGUAAUUAGAGUGACAGAAAAAUGCCCGCAAUUGACGAACUUCGAUUUUCGCGGUUAUAGUCCAGGUAACAGGGCUUUUUAUAGUGUUGGCACCAUCUUGAUUCUACAGUACACGUUAAAGUCCAAUGUAAUAGAUUAGUACAUACUUACUAUAGUACCAGUGAGAAUGUUUUAUACAUAUGUUGUUGAGAAUAAAGUAUUUUGAACAUA